GCCAUUCGCGGCCUCGGCUGUCAAUCACUGGGUCCCAGCCAGUGAUUACUCGCCGCCAACCAGUGAUCACCGAGUAUUACUGACGGGGGAGAGAAUUGUAUGUAAACAGUACAGAUCUCUCUCCUGUCAGGUCCUGCACACUGCUUUGUAUGGCUUUGCAUAGCAGAGCCAGUGGAAAGCACACACACACCAUACUGUGAAACAGCACACAGUUAACCCUUUGAUCGCUCCAGAUGUUAACCCCUUCCUGCCCAGUGCCAUUAGUACAGUGUCAGUGCUUUUUAUUAGCACUGAUCACUGUAUUAGUGUUACUGGGGAUGUCAUUGACACCAAGUCAGUUCCCCCCAGUGCCAGAAUGCCCGCCGCAGUCCUCCAGUUCCGCUAUAAGUCGCUGA